CCCCUGCGGCCGGCCCGGUGUCACCUUGGUCCCGGUGCGAGCGAGCGAGCGAGAGAGGCGGCGAUGGCGGCGGCGGCGGGGCCAGCGGCCCCCGAGGCCAAGCCCAAGACCUCCCCCAAGUCCAUCAAGUUCCUCUUCGGGGGGCUGGCCGGGAUGGGAGCCACGGUGUUUGUGCAGCCCCUGGACUUGGUGAAGAACCGCAUGCAGCUGAGCGGGGAGGGGGCCAAGACCAAAGAGUACAAGACCAGCUUCCACGCCGUUGGCAGCAUCCUCAAGAAGGAGGGCGUCCGGGGCAUCUACACUGGGCUGUCUGCUGGCCUCCUGCGCCAGGCCACCUACACUACCACUCGGCUGGGUAUCUACACCAUUCUCUUUGAGAAGCUUACUGGGACAGAUGGCACCCCCCCCAACUUCUUAAUGAAAGCUGUGAUUGGGAUGACAGCGGGUGCCAUUGGGGCCUUCGUCGGUACGCCUGCUGAGGUGGCACUCAUCCGGAUGACAGCUGAUGGCAGGUUGCCUCCGGACCAGCGGAGGGGCUACACAAACGUCUUCAAUGCCCUGGUGCGGAUCACCCGUGAGGAGGGGGUGCCCACCCUCUGGAGGGGUUGCGUCCCCACUAUGGCCCGAGCGGUGGUUGUCAACGCGGCCCAGUUGGCCUCUUACUCACAAUCCAAGCAGUUCCUCCUUGACUCCGGUUACUUCCGGGACAACAUCUUGUGCCACUUCUGUGCCAGCAUGAUCAGCGGGUUGGUGACAACGGCCGCUUCCAUGCCCGUGGACAUUGCCAAGACCAGGAUCCAGAACAUGCGGAUGAUUGACGGGAAGCCAGAGUACCGGAAUGGGCUGGACGUUCUGUUGAAGGUGAUCCGCUACGAAGGCUUCUUUAGCCUCUGGAAGGGCUUCACCCCCUAUUAUGCCCGCCUGGGACCCCACACUGUCCUCACUUUCAUCUUCCUGGAGCAGAUGAACAAGUUCUACCGGAAGUUCUUUCUCAGUGCCUGAUGGGGGACAGAGAGGGAGGGACCCCCAAAUCCAGAGCACACUGACCCACCCCUGUCUCUCAAGUGCCCUGAGCACAACCCCCUGGCCUCUCAUGGGUAGAGGGCAAGGGAGGACCCCUGCCGCACCCUCUCCUCAGGUGUGUGCGCGUGCGUGUGUGUUUGCAUCCAGCAAAGGGAGGAGAAGGGCUUCCUGCCCCCUCUGUCCUCCUCCAAAUCACAAGGAAGGGUCUCAACCCUCCGGUGUGUUGGGGGCUGCCCAGCAUGGUGGAUUUAGGGGUGGAUGGAAAGAGAGACGUUAUUUAUUGCGACAGCGGAUGGGGGGAGUCCUGGUGGGGCUUCUCCUUCUGCUGCUGCCGUUGCUUCUUCGUGGGAGGCUGCCGUUCUCCAAACUAAACUGCCAGCCCCAUGAAUCCUGCUGGGCAGCAAUGGCGCCUCGCCUCCCCAGCCUGCUUUCCGCUUAGUAAAACCAAUCAUGGUCUUAA